AUGCCUCCCAACCUCACUGGCUAUUACCGCUUCGUCUCCCAGGAGAACAUGGACAAUUACCUGCGCGCUUUAGAUAUCAAUGUGGUCCUGCGAAAACUGGUUUGCCUCCUGAAGCCUGAUAAGGAGAUCAUCCACACAGGCGAUCACAUGGUCAUCCGCACGAUCACUUCCCUGCGAGACUACGUUAUGGACUUUGAUGUGGGAGUCCAGUUUGAGGAAGAUCUGGGACCUGUGGAUGGACGGAAGUGUCAGACAACUGUCUCCUGGGAGGGGGAUCAGCUUGUGUGUGAGCAACUAGGAAAGAAGAGGAACCGAGGCUGGAGGCACUGGCUGGAGGGGGACCAGCUGUAUCUGCGCAUGACUGCUGAAGACGCCGUCUGUGUCCAGGUCUUCCAGAAAGUGAAGUGA